UGGUCAGCGCAAUGUGACGUGAUUCCGUCGCUGAAUCGCGCAGCUCGAUCGACUGAACGGAACUAAAUCACCGGACAAACCCGCUCCGUUUCACCGGCCCACCGCGAUCUUCCGCCUCCCGUCACGCGUUACCCAGCAGCGGCAUCAUGUCUGCGGUGCAGCGGAUGAAAGUAGCGAACGAGAAACACAGCAAAACCAUCACGCAGCGAGGACACGUACAGAAGACCACGCGGGUAGUUAAUGAGGAGAAAUCUCCUGUGGGCCCUUGGCUGCUCGCACUCUUUGUGUUUGUGGUGUGUGGCUCUGCUAUCUUUCAGAUCAUCCAGAGCAUCAGACAGGGGAUGUAAACACUGAGACGAGCAUCAGAAGUGACGGUCCCUCUUAAGUUCACCCUCAAACUGCUCUUCCAUCCACAUGUUUUCUCCAAUGCUUCCUCUGUCAGUUUACAACUGAUUUUAAGCUUUGUGUGUGUUUGUGAGAAUAAACAAUAUGUUUUUAAAAAUGAUCUGUAUCCCUUAACGUUAAACGUGAGUCGUUGGCUGUUGCUCCUCAGGUGGGGUUACGAGUGUCACUCGUUAAUUUAUCUAUGAGGGAAAUUAUCUUCUUAUCUGUUUAUUGUUUCAUUGUUCAAUUCAUGAGAUUUUGUAUAAACUGUAUAAAAGAAAUGACUAUGUGUAAAUUCAAACAUCAAUAGCCAUACGAUAUUUCUCUCUCUCUUCCUCUCUGUUACAGUAAAUUGAUGCUGUGUAAUGAUGAUUUUAUACAAAUACAAGUUAUUUUCUCUA